AUGAUCGUACGCUCAUUUGCACGUCACGCCUCAACAGUUGCCAAGAAGACUUUGAGUCGCGGCUCUGGUCGUUAUGAGAUAACCAGCCAGCGACUGUGUGACGAUGUCCUCGUCCGACUUCGUACCGGCCUCCCUGCUCCAAACACUUGCGACAUCAUUGAUAUAAACCCCGGGCGAGGACUUUGGUCCCAAAGUCUCCAUCGUCUCCUCCAACCUCGACGACAUGUCCUUGUCGAAUCUGACCUGGAAAGAUAUGCGGAGCAUCUCCACCCCUUGUUGAAGAGCCACGGCUCGACAUAUCGGCACGCAACCAUCCUCCAAGAUGUAUUUGAUCCUGAGAAACAACUGUUGACCAAUUAUGACGCGGAAAAAGCUGGUACUGUGGGAAAGCUCCCUGAAUACAAUGGAUCCUUGUUGAUGACGGUCAACCUCUCUGGUGCGAAAAUCAGCAUCGGCGGAUAUAUGGGAUCCCUCAGCAGAAAAUUCUUCGACGAGCUCUAUCUGUCGCUUGUGUCAGGUCCAGGCGCAGGUUUCUUUCGUUAUGGUCUGAUCCAUGUUUUGGCAUGGAUUCCUGAUCAUGAGAAGAACUCUUAUAUCCCGCGAACCGUUCACGCACGUCACAAGCAGACCGUCAUGCUUGAGGCAACUACGGACAUUGCCGAGGUCGCUGGUGCGCCAGCGGAGACCAAAUCGACAAGGUAUAGGAAGUGGACCGACCUCGAAUUGGAAGAAUUUGCAAUCAUCGAUGCUAGAGCCAAAAAGAUUUCAGGAUAUGAGAUGCCAAAAUUGAGACUCGACACCCCAUCGCCGCGCGAGUUGCUCAGUAUCGAGCCGACACCUCGAAAUCUGCGAAAGGCACACUUUACCUCAGACGCAGAGUGGGUGCCGAGACUCCUGCAGUUAGACAGCCAUAUAAAAAAGAAGUAUCCCCAUUGGUAUCGGCGCUAUGCUUCAGGGCAAUCCAUUCGCAAACUUGGCCUCAAAACACCGCUUCAGAAAGAAUGGGGAGAGCUGUUACGGCGGGCAAACACCACACACAAGACCCAUAUGAAAGCAGUCGAACUGGUCAAGCAAGAAAGACAACUGAUAUCGGAAUGGAAGUUUGAGAUACGCCAGGCGAAGAAUAGCUCCCUGAAUCCCGACACUGAACGAUCACUUCGAAAUCGCGCCGAAGCUAUUAAAGACAAUCUCAAGGCCUUGAAUCGAACAAACAGAAUCUUCGCAGAAAAGGCCAUCGACGACUGUCGAGCUUGGGACAUGUCACCGCCAAUUCUGGCCUGGAAUCGACGGGAAACUCACCCUUUGAUCGUGCACGAUGAGGAAUUUGAUACUCCCAGUCGGCAUAAUCGGCAUAUGAGCCUUCUGGAUGUGAUUCCACGAGCUGAUUUGAUUUCCAGAAUCGACACAUACGAUAAGAUGGUAUGCUUCCGCUUCGUUGUAACGAGUCUCUCGCUAUAUUUCUCCAAGAGCGUGGCUGAAGCGUUGAAGGCGCUGGUCCAUGAGGGGUUGAAUGACUUCGUCAAGACCAUCCCGGGGAUUCAUGAUCCCACCAAGGGAGGAUGGUAUGAUUUGACUACGUUAAGAGUGAGAGUUUUGCCAUUGGAUAUGUUUGUGGAGAUCGGGUUGGCAUAUGAAAGGUGGCCAUUUCGCAUGACUACCGAAGCUAUUCUCAUGGCAACUGCAGAUCCAAUGGCCGGAUAUAGUGGCCCGGAGGAUGAUUUGAAAUGA